AUGAAGCAGUCCAGUGCGGUUUCGUCUUCGCGGCGCAAGAGCCGCAAGGCCCAUUUCACCGCCCCCUCGUCCGUGCGUCGUAUUAUCAUGUCGGCUGCUCUGAGCUCUGAGCUCCGUCAGAAGCACAAUGUUCGCUCGCUGCCACUGCGCAAGGGUGACGAAGUCAAGAUCGUUCGUGGAAACUUCAAGGGUGAUGGUAAGGUCCUCACGUGCUACCGAAAGAAAUACGUCGUCCACGUCGAACGCUGCACUAAGGAAAAGGCAAACCAAAUGCCGGUCCCCGUCGGAAUCCACCCAAGCAACAUGGUCAUCACCAAGAUCAAGAUGGAUAAGGAUAGAAAGGCUAUUCUUGAUAGGAAGAACAGGGAAGCGAAGCAAGACAAGGGCAAGUUCUCUGAGGGAGAGGUUAACGUGCCCAUGGCCGACGUCGAUUAA